AUUGUCAUUGUCAUGCAAUUGCAUGAAAUAAACGAAGUACGUUGUUUACUUGAAUCUGAAGCCAGAGAUCACUUUGUUAUAUAGCUUAUAUGAUUUAAAAAAAAAAUAAAAUGCCUGACAUAAAAAAAGUUCUGAUUUUUGGAGCUUCCGGCAGCACCGGCUUAGCUACCACUAAAGCUGCACUGAAUGCUGGUUAUGAGGUGACAGCUUUUGUUCGAGACAAGUCAAAAUUGGAAGAUGUUGUACCCAAUAAUGUUGUACAAGGUGAUGUACUCAACAAAGACGGUGUUUUAAGUGCUGUUGCUAAUCAAGAUGCUGUCAUAGUUGUACUGGGAACAAGGAACGAUUUAAGCCCUACUACUGUCAUGUCAGAUGGUGUAAAGAAUAUUUUGGAAGCUAUGAAAGUUCAUGGUGUGAAAAGAAUUUCAUGCUGUAUUUCAUCAUUCUUGUUUUGGCCACGUGAAAAAGUACCAAAGCCAUAUGUUCCUCUCACUGAAGAUCAUGAACGAAUGUUGGAUGCUUUGAAAGCAAGUGAUCGGGAAUGGGUAGCUGUGCUACCUCCACACAUUUCAGAUGAGCCAGCAAAAGGAAACUAUGUUAUGAAAAAUGAGGAAGCCGUUGGGAGGAUGAUAUCCAAGUAUGACCUUGCUGAUAUCUUAGUGAAGUGCCUGACUGCUGAAGAGCACAUCGGCCAUUAUGUAGGAAUCGGUUACCCAGGAUAAAAAUAUUCUUUUGAACUGUAUGAAAAACCAAAGAAGAAACUGAAAUUAAAAUGGAAUCAAAGCAAAGGUUUAAAUAUUUACAUGAAAUGUAAUAUUUUUAUACUAAAUUUAUAGUGUAUUUUACAUCUGUGCAAAUAUAUGUACAUGUUUGAAUUAAAUAUCUAAGUGCAUUAAAAUGCUAUGCACUUGAAAUUUUAAUAAAUACCAAAACCAUU